UGACUUAUGCUUUGACUCCUUCUCCUUCCUACCCUCCUCUGCACUUCCGAGUUUCGUCCGAGUUCCGCACGUUGACCACUCGUCGUUGGUAUGUAUGGAACCGAAGCAGGAAAAUCCAACUGCGAAGCCAUCUUCCUUUCUGCUCCCGUGGCCAUGGUGAAUUCAGUAGAUACUAAUAGAUAAUAGAUAGCUACAUGUUUGCCGGAACAAAAAAAAGAAAAAAAAAAUCCAACUAAAGGAAGAGAAGUAACGCUCGCGGCCGCGCUUCACAUCUUUCUAACCUCCAGUCCCAAUAAUUAAUCGCCGGUAGCGCAAGGAAAAGCGUCGGCGGCAGCAAAAUCUCAUUCCAAGCUUCAACGUUUGCCUAUCAGGUACACACGCUUCUCUCCUGCAAACUCUGUUCGUACUCCCUGCAAUCACGAGAAUCAUUCAAUGUUGCCUUCGCCUGUGAGAAUGCAACCCGGUCAAUCAGUAUUUUGUUUUCUUAGCAUUCACUAACAUCAUCAUCGAAACCAGUCAGGAGCUUUUAGGGUUUAGAUUUCCCCCUUCUCCUGCUAAUCGUAGGGAUUUUGUAGCUGGUUAGGGUUGCGGGGGCGGUGGUAAAGAACAUGAAGGGGCGGUCUCACCGUCUGCAGAGCCAUGACCAGCACGAGGACUGGUUGGAUGGCUCCUGGACGGUUGACUGCAUUUGCGGUGUCAAUUUUGAUGAUGGUGAAGAGAUGGUCAAUUGCGAUGAGUGUGGCGCUUGGGUCCAUACCCGUUGCUCUCGGUUUGUAAAGGGAGAUGACUUGUUCGCUUGUGAUAAGUGCAAGGCCAAGAACAACCACUAUAACGAUACCAAAGAGACGGAGGUUGCUCAGCUGCUGGUUGAAUUGCCCACAAAAACUAUCCGGAUGGAGAGUAGUAUUGCUAAUGGUGCACCAUCUCGCCACCAAUUAAGGCUAUGGACUGAAAUGCCACUGGAGGAGAAAGUCCACGUGCAGGGCAUUCCUGGUGGUAACCCAGCCUUGUUCCGUGGUCUUUCUUCAGUUUUCACACCGUAGUUAUGGAAGUGUUCUGGCUAUGUCCCGAAGAAGUUCAAUUUCCAGUACAGGGAAUUCCCCUGUUGGGAAAAGGAUAGGGACGAUAAGAAUGAGAAAGAGACUUGUUCUCGUUGUCAAAGAAAAGCGUGUUUUCUGCUCCGAUGGCUGCAAUAGGUGGGUUUAGUCAAAGAGAGGACUACGAGAAAAGUGUAUUUUGGAAAGAGUCAAAGAAGUGUGAUCAUAGUUGAGGAGAACUUAGGAACUCCGAAGUUGAACAUAAAAGAGAGAGAAGUUUACUUCAGCCAGGUCUGAUUCAUUCAGGAGGAAAAAAGAAUAUGUGGCUAUUUGCAAAGAUCAAAGUGGGAAGAAGAAAGCAAGGGUUUUAGAUAAAGAGGUCAACUCAAAGAAGAAGGGUCUGCUUUAAGAACAGGUACAUCCUUUCGUGUUUCUCUGCUAUGCUGAAUCCCUCUUCUUUAUUUACACUUGUUAUCUUUUGUUUGUUGGAUAAAUUGAAACACUUAAAAUCCUUCUGAUGGCAUGGGCAUGGGCAUCAUAGGCUGGUGAUAUCUCAAUACUGGUAGACAUGCACUUGUUGACUCCCAAUUCAUUUAUUUUCUUCUUCUUUUUAUGCUUAUUACUAGCAUUUCCAUCCAUCAGCAAUGAUGCCAAAACCUUGGGAACAAACAAAUCCAAAGAUCUACGAUGUCAUGGGGAUGAUGGUCUGGACACUAAGAAUGGGAUUGUGAAGCAACAAAACUCUCAAAAACGUGGAUCUGGCGAUCAUAUUUCAGCGUUCAACAGUGUGGAUGAUUUCAAGGCCAAUGUGGCUUUGAUGGCUCGCUCCAUAAAGACACCAACCGAACAGAGACUCAAGAAAAGAAAAAAAAUAUCUCGGAGUUCAAUCAUAUCCUUGUAGUUCUCUAAAAACUGAUAAAAUGGAUGUGAUAGCCCGGUAAUGUGGCGAUGUUGUGAGAAACCCAGUGCCAGUCAAACAAGAGGUAUGUCUUGGUGUUCCCAGACUUCCUGUUGUCGUAUUUGUGGUUGAUUUUACAUGUUUUUCCUCUCCCCUCUGUGUAUGAAUGAAAACUGAGGUGGCUUUAAAGGUCUUCCUUUGGAUACAAUUACGUAAGAUGGCCAGGUGCUAGGCAUGUGCUCAUUGGACAGGUUGAGUUUGUUAAUGACCUAGAAAAAAUGUUUUAAAAGAUUUUGUCAGUGCAGCAUGUCAUUUUCCGUUUAUUAAAAGCUGUGGCAAGCUUACCAUUCUCAUGUAUACCUAAGAGUUGAAAGAAAAGUACUUUGCCGUCCAUUAGCUAAGGUGAGAUGGCUUUCAAGCUCUUACUUAGGAUGCCAGUACUUGAGAUGGCCAGCCGCUACUAGGCAUGUGCACCUGCUGGUAGUUAGAAAGAUUUUAUGAGGUCCUUUUCCUUUUAUCGAAAGCUGUCGCAAACUUGACCUUGAGCUAGUAGCAGCACCUGCUAGUCCUUCUUGAACUUCUGUUCUGCUUUUCUUUGUAGGUUUGUUCAUUUUCAGUAUCUCAUUUUUAACCAAAGAGAAAGAUAACACAAUGUGCACUGUAGGCUUUUGUUGGAAGGAACAAAUUUCCGGAGGGCUAUUAAGGAUGUGACAAAAAUUUAUAGCCUCUUCAUUCACCAAUUCGGUUGAUAGAGCCGCUCAAAGAGCAGAGGCAAGGGAUCUUCCCCAGUGGUCAUUAGUACCUGUUAAAACUAUAAGCUAAAAACUUGAGUAUUGCUGUAAAUUAGAUGCAUGAUUAGUUCAUCUUCCCUUCAGAUAUUAUAAUGUUUAGCUAAGAUGAUGAAAUGAAAUUACCUUGCUGUC